CCCAGACACCAGACUGAGGGGGCAGGGCGGCAGGUAGGAGAAGCGCGCUGCGCUCUCCUCACCACAGCAGCAAAACGGACACUCUGUGAGUCGCAUACCUCACCCGAUUGAUCUGUUGCUGCAGAAUCCCACCGCAGAGACAAUAUGUCCCAAAAUAAAGGCACAGUGGUCUUGGCUUACAGUGGAGGACUUGACACAUCCUGUAUUCUGCUGUGGCUGAAAGAGCAAGGGUACGAUGUCAUCGCCUAUCUGGCUAACAUUGGUCAGCAUGAAGACUUUGAGGAAGCUCGGAAGAAGGCAUUGAAUCUUGGAGCAAAGAAGGUCUUCAUAGAGGAUAUACGUAAGGAGUUUGUGGAAGAGUUCAUAUGGCCGGCAGUCCAAGCAAAUGCCAUCUACGAGGACCGAUAUCUGUUGGGCACUUCCCUGGCACGUCCUUGUAUUGCCCGCAAACAAGUGGAAAUUGCCAAAAGAGAGGGGGCGCAGUAUGUCUCUCAUGGGGCCACAGGAAAGGGCAAUGAUCAGAUUCGUUUUGAGCUGACCUGUUAUUCUCUGUACCCAGAGGUCAAGAUCAUUGCACCUUGGAGAAUGCCAGAAUUUUACAACCGUUUCAGAGGGCGCAGUGAUCUAAUGGAGUAUGCCAAGAAACAUGGAAUCCCUAUACCGGUCACCCCCAAGAGCCCCUGGAGUAUGGAUGAGAACAUCAUGCAUAUUAGCUAUGAAGGUGGAAUCCUGGAAAACCCAAAGAACCAUGCACCAGAUGGGCUGUAUGUGAAAACUAAAGACCCCAGUACAUCUCCUAGCACCCCUGAUAUUCUAGAAAUUGAGUUCAAGAAAGGUGUCCCGGUGCAAGUCACAAACGUUAGAGACGGGACGAGGCAUCAGACGGCGCUGGAUCUUUUCUGCUAUCUCAAUGACGUUGCGGGAAAGCAUGGUGUUGGAAGAAUAGAUAUAGUGGAGAACAGAUACAUUGGGAUGAAGUCACGUGGUAUCUAUGAGACACCGGCUGGAACCAUAUUGUACCAGGCUCACUUGGACAUCGAGACGUUCACUAUGGACCGAGAGUUGCGGAAAAUAAAGCAGUGGAUGUCGCAGAGGUUCUCUGAACAGGUCUACAAUGGUUAUUGGUACAGUCCUGAAUGUGAGUUUGUGCUGGGCUGUAUCACCAAAUCUCAGGAGCUGGUGGAAGGGAAGGUGCAAGUGUCUAUCCUGAAGGGACAAGUGUACGUGCUGGGGAGAGAGUCACCACAGUCACUGUAUAACGAGGAGCUGGUCAGCAUGGACAAGCAGGGGGAUUAUGAUCCCAGUGACGCAUCUGGAUUCAUCAAGAUCAACGCUGUAAGGUUAAAAGAAUAUCACCGUUUGCAAAAGAAGGUCACAGCUCAAAGAAAAUGAAAAAACGGGGCGAAAACACAAAGACGCAAUAGAAGACCUCCAUUCUGUGCGCAUUUUAUUCACCACCCUCUCACUGCUUCCCCACACUCAUUGAUUGGUUUGUGUUAUCAUUACAGAUCUUUUGUGCAGUAAAUCACAGGUUACGGAAGUCUGUCUCUGGCUUUCUCAGUCCUGUGGAAUGGCAAUUACAGGGAUUUGUAUAGUUUAAUGGGUUAAACUUGCUGUUAAUACAUAGAUAUGAAAGGAAAUCAUUGCAGUAGAGCUUAUAAAAAAAUAAAAAAAUAAAACAUGUCCUCACCAUAA